AUGACUCAAAUUGGCUGGUAUGGCCUUGGCUCCAUGGGCCUUGCCAUGGCCAACAACCUGCAGCGGCACCUGGCCGGCAAGAAGGCCUUGAGCCUCCUGUACACUAACCGCACCAUGUCGCGCGGCCAACCGCUGCAGUCCCUCGGCGGGAUUGCCGUGCCGGGAUUCAAUGACCUAGUGGCUCAUAGCAAGAUCAUCUUCACGAUGGUCUCCAAUGACUCGGUUCUUGAGAACCUGGUAAAUUCAGCACUUGGAUCGGGCCACACGCUCAAAGACAAGAUCUUCGUAGACUGCUCAACCGUUCACCCUGACACAGUGAGCUCCGCGGCCGCUGCUCUGAAGGACCGAAAUGCGGCCUUCGUCUCGGCACCUGUCUUUGGCGGAAACCCUAUCGCUGUUGAUGGAAAGCUGGUCUUUGCAAUUGGCGGUCCCAAGGAUGCGACGGAUGUCGUGAAGCCUCUGAUUCAGGAUAUCAUGGGUCGACGCGUGAUCGAAUGUGGAGAGGAUCCGACCAAGUCUUCUUUGCUGAAGAUUGCCGGAAAUAUUGUUACUGUGAACCUGAUGGAAGCUGUUGGUGAGGCCCAGGUCUUUGCGGAGAAGACUGGACUCGGAACUGGCCCCAUGGAAGAGCUGAUUGGUGAGGCUUUUGGUCCUGUUGCUGGUGGUUACUCCAAGAGACUGACGACUGGUGCCUAUGCCCCGCCUCUGGAUUCGCGUCCCGGAUUCGGUGUCUCGCUGGCCAUCAAGGACGCGAAGCACGCGAUGGAUAUGGCUCAGGAAUACGGUGCCAACCUUCCUGGUCUUGCGCUGGCUCGCGACAACAUGGAAGCCGCCAGGGAAUAUGCUGGUGAGUGUUUGGACAGCAGCUCGAUGUACGGUACCAUCCGCCAGCAGUCUGGACUCGAGUUCUGGAAUGAGAAGAGCCGUAAGCAGUAG